CCCUCAAGUAGACCAACCUCCUCUGCACCAUCGUUCUUGAUCCCCCUCCCCCACCAUCACCCUGGCGAUUCCCCUUGUGUAGCUGUAAUGACUGUCAUGCCUGCUCCUACUCUCGCGCAGCAGCCUUUUGGUAUAUCCAAUGAGCCAGGAUCAGGUCCAUCGGUAUUCGCGGCUGAUCCUACGGCAUCUCUGCGUGAAGCUGCUCUUCUCACUCUCAAGUCUAGACGACGAAAGCUUGGAUCUGGUUCAGAACCCGCUGGCAUCCCUCCUCGUCCUCAGGCUGUGCAUGUCACCUCAGCAGACUCCUCUAUCCAGCUUGAUUACGGGCAAGAGGAGCCAUCUGGUGCGUUUUCUACCGCCUCGUCCGUACCGAAUCUGGCGCCACCCGCAAAGCCUGCAACGCCGGAACCCAAGGAAGAUGAUAGCCAAGGUCGAGAAGAAGGCGAGAUCAGCGACUCCGAGUCGACACCUGCCUCCCCUCUCCCUCAGCCCAAAGUCGCGCAAAAAGCGAAACCUACGCCUGCCCCAAGAGAAGUCGGCAAGCCUCCGACGCCAGCCAAAGCAUUGCCGAUCAAGACGACACCGGCCUCUUCGACGGGGUCGACAAGUAGCGCCGUGUCUACACAGAGUCCUUCUCAGUUGAUGCCGCCACCUCCCCCGCCUCUUCCAUAUCUGCUUGAUGAAACUCACGUCAGACCUGGCCUAGAAAUGACACAAGCCCAGUACGACACUGCCAAAGAUAUCGUGCUAGACCUAUUGGGCUGGGGAGUUGGUCCUGAAUACCUCGUCAGCUGUGGUGUCAGCCGAGAGAUAAUGUUCUACGUCUUCACAGAGCUCAACCUUCGUCUACCACCCAACUUCGAUGUUACGGGCAUUCCACCUUACCCACCUGCACCGACCGAUCUCAACGCCACGCCCACAACCAAUAUUGGUCGGUUGGAUUCUACGUCGCUGCAUCCGGCAAAUGGUCACGCAAACCCUCAAACCAACGGGCAAGCCUCCAGUAGCCAGACUGCCUUAUCCGCUACUGCUGCUGCCUUCGUUCCCGGUAUUCCAGGUUCCUCGUCUGCAGGGCCAAAUCUCUUCGACAUGGAACAGCAGCGAAGACAGGAGCUCCUGGCUCGCAAAGCCGCUAUUGCUUCUCGUAAGAAACAAGCCGCACCGUCGACGAGUACUUCGGGUGUCAAUCCCAUCGACGUAGCGAAGGAGUUAAAGGAUGUAGAGAUGGCGGAUGCGCUACCGGCGAAUACUGUAGACGAUUUCCUCAAGAGCAUCGACCCUGUACCCGAGAAGGAUACCGGUAAGGGCAAGGCUCCUACUCGCUUGUCCUCGACCCCCAGUCUCGGCACCACCACGGACGCGAUGGACGUCGACGAGGUCAUCCCAGGGCUGUCCAUCGACACUCGGAUAGCAUCCAGUGUGCAUACGUCGCCGUCCACCAGUCUCGUCCAAACUCCUACAACCGCCACAACCUCGCCCGUCUCCACCACUAGGCCAAAGUCUGCCGCCGCCUCGGUCCCGUCCACUGCGAAUCUGUCGCCCCAGUCUAUCGCGUCGUCUUCCGGUGAGCGAUCGCCGGUGAACACCAGUCCCAGUGAAACGGAAACAGUCCCAGGUCUCUCCUUCGAUCUGGCCAUGCCGGCCCCUGAACGUGGUCGGUUGGCGCCACCGGCGCGGAGAGGUACGAAGAGACCCGUAGCCGCCGACUUCGACGACGACACACAGCCACACGCCUCGCGGCCACGACCGAAUCAUGGUAAUGGUUCCAACAGCAAUCCUUAUCACCAAUCCUCUUCCAGGCGCAAUACUGGUACCUUCUCGGGGCUGAGUAAUAUGCGUCGUUGCGUGAUCGACCUAAGCGACAGCGAGGAGGAGGAGGAGGAGGAGGAAGGGGCCAUUAGUUCAAGGCAGGAUGGUAACACCUCAAUCCGUCCAACUUCAUCUCGUGGUGGACCACAGGCGGGAGCUUCGGUGGCACGUCAGAGUCCACCAGGGCGAGGCAGUGCCACACCGACACGUGUCUUGACGCCAGCUGCCUUGCAAGAGAAGGAGGAGGAGAUUCGGAAGAUGCGAGAACUGAUUGCGCAGCGCGAGCAGAAUCGGCUGCGUAAGCUAGCGGUUGCGUCUCGAUCAACACCGACCUCGACGUUUGAUGCCCCCGCACCAAACGGUGAUUUACAUGCCACUGCGCCAUUCGAGGAGGACACCUCAUCUAGUGAUGGCACAGGCUCCAAUACGCCGACUCCGCUGGGGCCCAUCUCAACCUCGUCGUCGGCUUCUGUCGCUACCAGCAGUACCGCAACCCCAAUAGAUGUCAUCUCGAGUAGUCUGUUUGACUCUACGGCAGGCGACCAAGCUUUCAAUGCUCCCGCAUUCGCUCUUCCGCUUCCGUCGCCUGCGCUAUCUUCUGUGUUCAUCAUAUCGUACGUCCUCGCUUCCAUCUUCAUCUGUACUUUUGCGCGUGCAUGGCUAUGCGGAUACAGUGCUGACCGAUGAGGCAAGACAAGAGCAACCGGCAAGGAUAUUUCCCAGCUACGCCGCAGUGGCGGCCAUGUAACUGCUUGCUCACGCGUUCUAUUUCUUUCUGUUG